AUGGGUCAGAAAGACCCGAAGGCUCCGCCCCCUUCUGACCUCCUCCUGCAGCAAUGGAUCAUCGCCGCCCGCCAGGGCCGUCAAACGGCGCUGUGUCAGCUGACUCGACCUCCGUCCGGCGGUCUGGGCUUCAGCGUUGUGGGUCUGAAUCCGGCAGGAAGCGGCAGCAGUCAUGGCGUCUUCGUCAAACACAUCCAGCCCGGAGGCGUCGCUCACAGGGACGGGCGUCUGCAGGAGAGGGACCAGAUCCUGGUGAUAAACGGUAGUCCUCUGGAGCCGGGCAUCGGCCACCAGCAGGCGCUGGCGCUGCUGCAGCAGACCGGAGACGGCGUGGAGCUGGUGGUGGCGAGGGACCGCCCGCUCAACGCGUCGGCAGCACCGCCAUCGCCACCAUCUUAAUAAAUCACAAUCACAUGGGGGCGUGGAAAUCGAGAGCUGGUCAACGAUGGAUCUGGUUUGGGUUUCGGCAUCGUGGGAGGGAGGGCGACUGGCGUGGUGGUCCGGACGCUCCUCCCAAACAGCGUGGCUGACAAGGACGGGCGUCUCCGCACAGGUGACCACAUCCUUCGCAUCGGGGCGACGCCCACCACUGGCCUCUCCAGCGACCAGGUGGUCAAAGUGCUGCAGGGCUGUGGCAGUUACGUGACGCUGCUGAUCGCCAGGGAUCCCCGGGGUCAGAGGUCAGCAGGCCCGCCUCCGCCGCCACCUCCUGACUCCGCCCCCGUCUCCUCCUUACCCCCCGGGCCUCCAAACCUGCCGCAACGCCGCCACAGCAAGACGCCCAACCUGGAGGGGUACGAAGUUCACGAGGUCCCUCUCAGCAGGAACGACGGCCAGAGUCUCGGCAUCUCCAUCAUCGGCUACAACCCUCUGACCAGCUCCGAUGCAGUCGGUGUGUUUGUGAAACACGUGGUUCCCGGCAGCGCUGCAGACCAGAGCGGAAACAUCAGGGUCCACGACCGCCUGCUCGCUUGUGUGUGUGUGUGUGUGUGUGUGUGUGUGUGUGUAGAUGCAGAUGCAGAACUGUGGGCUAAAUGGGAGCAGGCCCUGGGACCAAAGUACCAGGUUCUGGUGGUGAAGUUAGAUCCCAUCAUUGAAGACGACGCAGAGCUGCAAAAAUCCUCAAAGCUGCUGCCCGUCCACACGCUGCGUCUGGGUGUGGAGCUGGACUCCUUCGAUGGUCACCACUACAUCUCCUCCGUGGCCCCCGGGGGCCCCGUGGACCAACAUGGAGUCCUGAGACCAGAGGACGAACUCCUGGAGGUGAAUGAUGUUCAGCUGUACGGUAAGUCUCGUCGGGAAGUGGUGGCGUUCCUCAAAGAAGUGCCUCCUCCGUUCACUCUGGUCUGCUGUCGACACCCGACCUCUGACCUGGGACUAGAAUCUGAACCAGAACCUGAACCUGAACCAGUGCUGCGACCUGGACCCGAACCUCUGAGACAACCCAGUGUGGAGGAGAUGGAGCUGAAGCUGUCGUCGAUGCUGCGCAGCCACACAGAACUGAGAGGCGGCAUCUCUGAGCAGCAGCAGCAGGCAGUAAGACAGCAGCAGGUGUUUCCUGUAGAGGAGGCCCUGAUGGAGACCCAACCCAUCCAGGAGGAGGAGGAGGAGGAGGAGGCGGAGCAAGAGGAAGAGGAGGAGGAAGAGGAGGAGGAAGAGGAGGAGGAAGAGGAGCUGGCUCAGUGGUCUCCACACGUUCAGCUGUUGGAGCUGCAGAAAGAGAGAGACAAAGGCCUCGGCUUCAGCAUCCUCGAUUACCAGGUAACACCUGUCUGUCUGUCUCUCUGUCUGUCUGUCUCUCUGUCUGUCUGUCUGUCUGUCUGUCUGUCUCUCUCUUUGUCUGUCUGUCCCAAGGCCAUGUGUGUCCAGGUUUUGGUGCCAGAGUGUUUCCUGUUAGUGACUCUCAGGCUGUCAGAGCCCAAGAUGUGUUUAGAGAUGUGUUUAGAGAUGUGUUUAGAGAUGUUUCUAGAGAUGUUUCUAGAGAUGUUUCUAGAGAUGUUUCUAGAGAUGUUUCUAGAGAUGUUUUUAGAGAUGUUUUCAGAGAUGUUUCUAGAGAUGUGUUUAGAGAUGUGUUUAGAGAUGUUUCUAGAGAUGUGUUUAGAGAUGUGUUUAGAGAUGUGUUUAGAGAUGUUUCUAGAGAUGUUUUUAGAGAUGUGUUUAGAGAUGUGUUUAGAGAUGUUUCUAGAGUUCUAG